GAACGAUGGUCGGGUUGCUGAACUGGGGCAUUCCUUGAUUUCACACCUCUUCGGCAGUGUUAUCAAAAUUAACGGUAGAAACCCGACUCAUUACGGAAUACCUUUUGGCUGUCAUUUUCACGAUUGGCCGAACAGCGAUAAUCAUGCAGCGGUGAUGAUAGCAAGGCACAGUCUUGCAAAGGCCGGCGUGCACACUCAUACUUAUUAUCCUCUACACAUGCACUAUCUCCUCAAAGUCUUGAAACCUCAAUUCUGGAGGGACGAGGUUGAGAGAUUUGGCGGAUCCUACGCUAUGAAGCCGCCUAAACUUUUGGGCGUCAGAUACAGAUAUGACCAUGCACUAUGGUCUGGUGAAGGCCCAGUGGAGAUGGAGACCGAAGCAGCCCUGCCCCCAAAUUCCUUGCGCCCUGAUGUGAAAGAGGGUCUUUUCUGGCGAGAUGGCGCGACCGCUCUGGGCAAAAGUACCGAAUACUACAAAGAUGUCAUUGCAGAUUGGACGAUAGCAAUGUUGCCGUGGGAAUUUGAAGACUCAAAGGGUUUCAAGACCAAGCCUAGGACAUGGGAUUUGAUUGACAGAUUCCAUCCCGGUCAAUUCACCAUCAUGACCGAACCUCCUCCGCUGCUCAAUUUUCCCAAGUACGAUCCUGCUCGUUCUCAGUAUGAACGUCGAAAAUAUGUGAGAGACCUGAGAAAGAAAAAACUAAAAGAAAAAGCUCAAAGAUUGCCGAAAGGAGGAAGCUUGACAAGGCUAAAAAAGGUCCACCGAAACGCAAGCGCGAAUACGACAAGAUACAUGAAGCGCAUAAACCAUCUGCACCUUCACCGACAGAUCUAGGUCGCUAUCCUCGAGCAAAUCCUCGUCCAAAGGACUAUGAUCCAGAUCUGGAGUUUCCAAGAGUUCCCUGCACAGGUAACCAACAGGAAUCACCUCCGCCAUAUAACAACAGAGAGAAGUGGGCACCGAAAUGGAAGAUCGACUUUGGGGAUGGUGGGGCCUAUCCUGAGAUUGACUAUCAGCAAUAUCCUCUGGGCAUGGAUGAAUACGAUGAUGAUGACGACUCGGAUAGCGA